AAUUUGAACAACAGAGGGCGUAUUCAGUAAUCUCUCAUCAUGGCGGCGAACUUGAAUCCUCCGUCACAUUUUGCCCAGCCACUUGUUGAGCCUGAAAUGAGGGCUGAAGGUACUCGCCUGCUUCCUCCCUCGUCCUUCCAGAGGAGGGAUGUACCUGAUCCCUGGCAAGCCUUGGCCCACGCCAGAAACAGGCUUGAUGAACUCCAGCAAGAAAAUGAAAUGCUUCGAAAUACAAAACCACGGGAGAAGACCGUUUCCAAGGAGCAGCAGACGUGCGAUCAUCCUUGCAUGGCAGUAUCAAGACCAAUUCCAGAGCCCCCUCUACCACCGUCCCCCCUCCCCACCCACCAGUUCUUCCACCUUCAGCACACGGCCGACAUCCUGAGCAAGCAGGCCACUGAGCUGGCCCAGGUUAGGUCAGAGGUCAUGACCUUGAGGUCACAGCGCCAGAAGGAGGUCGGCGAGCUGGAGGAGAGACUGAGAGAAGUGGAGGUCAAGUACACGACGGAGACUGCGUCACUCAUGGCCACAAAGAAAUGCCAGGAGGAAGAACUCAGAGCGCAGAUGAGCAUACUGAAGACAAAGCACGAUUCAGAGGUGACAUCCAAGCAGGACACGAUCAAGAGCCUGAAUGAGGAGUUAAUGAGAACUCAGACACUGUACAAGCAGGAAGUGAGUCAACUGAGGGAGAAGUUACUCACAAGUCAGGCAGAGAGUGAGAGGAUCAGAAAUGAACUCGUUAACAGCAACAGAGAGAAGAACCUGACUAUUGAGUCAUUGCAGAGUCAGGUUAGCAAGCUCAAGACGUAUAUCGGCGACGCUCAGACAACGAGCAGGAGCACGGCUCAUUGGCAGGUGGAGAGAGACCAACUACUCAAGAAGAUCAAAGACUUGGAGAAGGAUUUGGAUAACCAGCACUCUGCUGUACAGUUGCUUAACGUGCGCUUGUCAUCAACCAAUGAGAUCCUAGGGAUACAAGAAGCCGAGCUAUCAAGGGUCAAGGGUGAAAGUGUGGACAGUGGGAAGAAACUGCAGUUGCUACUCACAAGGUGGCGGGAGAAAGUGUUUGAGCUCCUCGUCCAGCUGAAAUCACAAGAGAUUGUUGGAAGAAACGUCAGGAGAGACCACAAGUGGCAGGUAGCGGAGUUUGAAGAGAAGAUGACUAGUCUGGAGAAUAAAUGCCACCUGUUGGAACAUUCCAUUGCGGACAGGGAAGCUCAGCUUCAACUUGAGAGGGGACAGAGUCAGAGUCUCCAAGAUGAGUUGGCAUCAGUGCAACAGGUUGCUGAGCUCCUAGAUGCUAAGCUGAAAGACUAUGAGGAGACUGUGCCCCAACUCACGUCUCUGCUGCAAAGCUUUCGGCAGAGGCACGCUGGAACCGAAGAGAAGCUUUGCAGCCUGACUGCCAGGUUGGGGUCUUUUGAUCAGAGAAUCAGCUUCGCCGUCGGCCGCAUCGAAAUCCUCAAAGGACUGGUUGCCAGGAAGGAAGCACUAUGGAGACUCGGGGAGAAAGAGACUCCAAGCACUAAUCAGGAGCCGACUCCAGAUGAGAAGGAGCAGGUCGUUGAAAGAUCGUCCUUGGAUCAGCUGAGGACGGAGUUGGAGCGGGUGACGCAUGAGCGCGAUGCCCUGGCAGCCAGGAUCAAGCAGGACUCUGAAGCCAUGCAGGAGCAAUACAACAAAGUCACAGCAAAAUUUGAAUCCAGACACGAGAGGGAUGCUGCAAGACUGCAGGAUUUGGAAUUGAAGCUUCAGCACCAGUUAAAGGAUCUCAAGAGUGUGUCCGGCAGGCUAGACCAGGCAGAGUCUGAGUGCAAGGAAUACCAGAGGACCAUUGGCCGGCUGAAGACAGAGCUGGCCAAGUCACAGCUGUCAGCUGACAGAGCCUCUGCUGAUAAGAUGGCAGCCAUGGAGACCCAGUUGACCAAUCAGCUUGCAGAGAUGGAGAAACGACUGAAUGAUGCGAGACGCGAACAGGCCAAAGCUGUGGUUUCCUUGAGACAGCAGGAGCGACAGAUGACACGGGAACGCGAGAGGGCAGCUCAGAUGAUGCAGACGCAGGAGGAACAUUUCCAGCUGGAAAUUGAUCGAGUCACCUCCCAGCUGAGGGAGGCUGACAAAGACAGAAACCUACUCAUGGCAACACUGAAGCAAGAAGGUUUGGUUGGUCAGUACAAAGCACAACGGGCUGCAGCCAGGAGACCAGAUAUUGAAACAGAAAAGCCAACAGAGAAACCACCCAAUGGGGAUUCUGCAAAACCAGGGAAGGCCAAAGGUCAUACGGCAACCCAAGUCAAACCAAAAGUUCCCUUGAGUGCAAUCCUUACUGAACUUCAGUCACUCACAGCGCAAGUUCUGGAAGCUGAAGAUACUGAACACAGUGAUGUCGAGGACACUGACAAAGGGUAGAUGUUUCUUCUCAAAGAAGGUUUGCGUGUAUGUGUAAUUAUGUCAUAGGAGACUUAAAGAGUACGAAGUCUCCAAUUUCUUGACAGUCCAGUCAAAUUGGGUCGAUUCAUGUUGAAAAAUUUAAUGAAGAAAAAAAUGUUGAAGUACAAGAUCUUGUUUCAACCCAAACACGUGGAAUGCCCUGCUUGCAGCCCUUUGACAAUGAAAUAAAAAUGUAUUUCUCUGUUUUAAA